GGAAGUAAAAAUCUCUGAAGUUGCUUCAAAUAUCUUACUUGUACACGCUUGGGUACCACCUGCGAGUGACCCAGGCUCAGCUUCCAAAGAGAACUGCCAUGAAAGUGUGGAUUCUGUUCUUGUCAAUUCACACCCUGGUCCUUACGACGCUUUACAGUGGUAACCUUACUGCCUUCCUGACGGUAGAGAGACGGCAGCCCAGCAUAGAGACGAUACAGGAACUGCAUGAGUCCGAUCGGUCUGUCAUUGGGAUUGGCUUCUACUUCAAGGCGUCCUUCGAGGAGUCUUUGAACACGUACAUCAAGGACUUUGUUAACAGGUAUGUGAGGUGGACUGACGAACUGGAUUUUUCACAUCAACUGAUCCACGGCAAAGGUGUCUAUGUGGAAACCAGGACGUACCAGGAUUAUCUGAUCGUGACCAAUUACACCUACAAAGGUAUCGCCUCCAUGAGGAUUAUGAAGGAAUGUUAUCAGGAUCAGAACAUAGGGGUCACACUCCAGCGACACUUCCCAGUGAAGGAGAGCUUCAACAAGGUCAUCAGCAGGCAGUCUUUGAUACUGGUUUGGUGCUGAAGUGGUACAUGGACAUUCUGAGUCAAAGCAAGAAGAUUUCGUCAGACACCGGAGAUAACGAAAUGGAAACAAGCGAGAGUCAAAGUGGCAUUCCACUGAGCUUGGAGCACCUUCAGGGAAUGUUCUACAUUUUAGUUUUUUGGUCUUGCCAUUUCUGCUAUCGUCUUCUCCCUCGAGGUCAUACUGGCCUAAGGACGGUUACUUCCUGAGUUCUAGACUCCUUGGCGCCUACUAUCCAAUCAUGGCUGGACCGAGAUCUUGAUUUUCUGAUGUUGGGAGUCGUGAAUGAUGGUGGACAGCGGUGCACGUUGAAAGAGAAUAUUCAUCGCUGACAGAUAAACGAAUAUUGUUUCAUAUAAAUGCUAUAUAGUGUAUCUGUAAAAAUGUAAAUUCCUAAUAAAUGAUA